UACUUGACCUAUUAAUACCACCUUAGCCUCUCAUCUGCAAACACAUUUUAUUCACCGCCUCUUCAAUAUUAAUAUAUACUUGCUAUAUAUCUCUUUUCCAAACUUAUUUUUCAUUAUAUAUAUAUGGCCAGCGUGGACCGCUCCUCUGAGGAAGUUUUGGCUGAUUCUAAAGCAAAGCAAUCCAAUAUUAAUUCAAGUGAAGCUUCGAAGGUUGAAUUUGGCAAGGAUGAGGAAGCUCUUAUCAUGAGGAUGCAUAAACUGGUAGGGGAUAGGUGGGGUUUAAUUGCUGGAAGAAUACCUGGUAGAACAGCUGAAGAAAUAGAGAACUACUGGACUUCAAGAAACUCAUCAGCUAGCCAAUGAAGAAGAAAAGUUGAGAUAGUUACUUUAUGGCGAUGGUCAUUAAAAUGGGCAGCAACUAAAACUAAAUAAACUAUACUACAUAUGUUUACUAUUGUCUUUCUAAAUGUUGCAUGGUGUGAGUGUGUGACUUGUGCCAUGCAUAUUGUUUCGUGUGUCUGUUUGAAUAUCUGAGUCCACAUUUUGUAACCUAAUAAUAUCAAUUUUACUGUGAUUUCUCCGAGUUAGAGUCAGAUUGAUGCACACAGUCACUAUAUAUAUAUUUGGUAUCCAAUGCUAAUUUAUUAUUUACUGUGA